AUGAAUUCAGUUGCAAUUAGAGUAGCUGAUAACUAUUACAAAUUAGAGUUUACUCAAGAUAAAGUAAGUCAAUUGGCUAUACCAUCACCUAGUCUGCUUAAACUUCAAAUUAAUUUGAUUUUGAAUGAUAAGAAAUUGAAUAUUAUGGAUUCUGAAUACAAUGAAUUGAUCUAUGAGAUUGCCAAUAGAUUUAAGAAAUUCUUCACAUUCUUGUCUUAUAAUAUUGCUAUAAAUAUCAAUGAGAAUGAUAAUGACAGAUCAUUUGGUUUAGAUUGUCUGUGUCAGGUUUUUAACGAACCAACUAUUACUGAACAUUUGAGAUUAUUAACGAUCAAUUUAUAUUUAGUUACGAGCUUACCUACUUUUGAGUUUGAUGAUUUGAUUGAAAAUUGGAAUUAUUUAUUAAGUUCUUGGUAUUUAUACAUUGAAACACAAUUUCCAUUUUGUUUUUCAUACAUUGGUAGGAGUUACACCAAAAUGAAUUUAUUCUGGUAUAAAAAAUUAAUGAUUGAUGUGUUUGAGAUUGAAGAUUUUGAAGUGGUUAAGAUUUUAGAGAUUUUAUAUAAUGAGAUUAUUGAAAAGUAUACUGUUGCUAAGUUAUUAACUACUAAUAAUAAAUUAUCAAGAUAUGAUGAAACUUUUAAAAGGAGGGAUAGGUAUACGACUAGUGUUGUUAAAUCUUACCCAGUGAGAAUAUUGAAGGAUGAAGAGUUAGACUAG